GGGGCAGAGCGGGAGCGGGCGGUGGAAGAUGCUGUGCCUCCCGAUAGCCUUCCAGUUGCUGCUGGUGCUGGUGCUGUGCAGCCAGGGCACAGAGAGGUGCCCUUCAGCCUUCUGCGAGUGCUCUGACUGGGAGGACUACAAAAUCACUUGCAGGGACAUCCACUUUAUUCCCAGCCUUCCGGAGGACACCCAGACCCUGAGGUUUAUGGAGACUCACCUAAGAACAAUUCCAAGUGACGCUUUUUCCAAUCUCCCCAACAUCUCUAGGAUCUACAUCUCUAUAGAUGAAACACUUCAGAGUCUGGAGGCCCAUUCCUUCAACAGUCUAAGUAAAGUCACUCACAUUGAAAUUCGAAAUCUUAGAAACUUGGAUUACAUAGAUCCAGAUGCAUUUAAGAACCUCCCAGUUUUGAAAUACCUUGGUAUUUUCAAUACUGGACUCAAAGUAUUUCCAGACCUCAAAAAAAUCUACUCAUUUGAUGUGAAUUUUUUACUUGAAAUUGCAGAUAAUCCUUAUAUGACUUCAGUGCCUGCAAAUGCUUUCCAUGGGCUUUGUAACGAAUCUCUAACCCUCAAACUCUACAAUAACGGUUUUACCAGUAUUCAAGGCCAUGCUUUUAAUGGGACAAAUCUGGAUGCUAUCUAUCUGCACAAGAACAAAUACCUGGAAGUUAUCAAUGAUGAUGCAUUUCUGGGAGUGCACAGUGGACCAACUCUACUGGAUGUCUCCAGAACAGCUAUCUCUAACCUUCCAGCCAAAGGAAUGGAAAGCCUAAAAGAACUAAUGGCCAAAAAUACAUGGACUUUAAAGAAAUUACCAGCUGUAAAGAUAUUUCUUCAGAUAAUGCGAGCUGACCUAUCAUACCCAAGUCACUGUUGUGCUUUCAAGAGCUGGAAAAAAAAAAGUGGGAUCCUAGAGUACCUGACUUGUAACCAGAGCGGCAGCCACAGCUUUCAUAAGAGAUCAGUCAAAGCUCUCAGAGGUCCAUUUUACAGAGAUUACGCAGAAGAAUACACAGAUCACACCGAUCCCGUGUAUGACACAAACACCAAGUUCACGAAUUUUCACGAAAAUCCCCAUUAUUACAUUUUCUUGGAAGAGCAUGGAGAAGGAAAUCUUGGCUUUGGCAAAGAGCUCAAAAACCCUCAAACGGAAGAUGUCCAGACCUUUGACAGUCAUUAUGACUAUCCUGUCUGUGGAGGCAACGAAGAUGUAAUAUGCACACCAGAGCCUGAUGAGUUUAAUCCCUGUGAGGAUAUAAUGGGAUAUCAAUUUCUGAGGAUUGUGGUGUGGUUUGUGAACGUGCUUGCCAUCCUAGGUAACAUUUUUGUCCUUUUCAUCCUUCUCACCAGCCAUUAUAAACUGACUGUACCACGCUUUUUGAUGUGUAACUUGGCCUUUGCUGACUUUUGCAUGGGGUUAUAUCUCCUCCUGAUCGCCUCAGUAGAUCUCUACACCAGGUCAGAGUACUAUAACCAUGCCAUAGAGUGGCAGACUGGGCCCGGUUGCAACACAGCUGGCUUUUUCACAGUCUUUGCUAGUGAACUUUCUGUGUACACACUGACUGUGAUCACCCUGGAGCGCUGGUACGCCAUCACAUUCGCCAUGCGCCCAGAUCGGAAGAUUCGCCUCCGGCACGCCUUGGUUAUCAUGCUGGGAGGGUGGCUCUCAUGCAUUCUGCUUGCCUUAUUACCACUGCUUGGGGUCAGCAGCUACAGCAAAGUCAGCAUCUGCUUGCCUAUGGACACCGAAACACCAGCGGCCGAAGCCUAUGUUGUCUUUGUUUUAAUAUGUAACAUUAUUGCUUUUGUCAUCAUUUGUGCCUGCUACAUAAAAAUCUAUGUAACUGUGCGAAACCCUCAGUACAAGUCAGGGGACAAAGACACCAAAAUUGCCAAGCGGAUGGCUGUGUUGAUUUUCACGGACUUUCUGUGCAUGGCUCCCAUCUCUUUCCAUGCUUUAUCUGCCAUCAUGAACAAACCAUUGAUAACUGUCACCAAUUCCAAGAUUUUGCUCGUACUUUUCUACCCCCUCAAUUCUUGUGCCAACCCCUUUCUUUAUGCAAUUUUCACCAAAGCUUUUCGUAGAGAUGUGUUUAUCUUGCUAAGCAAGUUUGGUAUAUGUCAGCAGCAGGCUCAAAUCUACAGAGGUCAGACUAUCUCAGCCAAAAACAGCAGUGGGUCAUACGGGCAGAGGAUCAGCCAAGGGAUAGGUCAGAUUCUCACAAGCAUUCAAGACCCAGUCAAUGAUUACCUUCCUGCUGUAACAGCACAGAACCAAAUUCUCAUGGAAGAAUGCAAACAAACUGAGCUAUAAUAUCUUAAAGUAUUACAGCCAAAAUCUGGUCAAGAGGUGAUUGUGCAUACAGUAAAUCAAGCGAGAAGAUAACAUUCUCCAUAUCCUUUUUCCAUAGGAUAUCCUUUGCUAUGUCUGAAAGUAUCUUCAGAGUGGUCUUCUUCUGGACAAGCCACUCAUUUGAACCUCUUGUCUCACGCUUUUAUCAGUGCAGGCCAAAAGUUGCUGUUCUGAUGAUAAUUCUCAAAGUAGAUGUGAAUAUUUUUUCUAACUAGGAAAAUUUGUAUAUAAAAACUAAACAAAUAUAAAGUAUACCCUAAUCUAAAAAAAAUUAAGGGAGCAGGAAACUAACAAUAUGACUUGGGGGUACUUACAUGACUAAAAAAAGAACAAAGUUUUAUAAUUAAAAUGAGAUUAAAAAAAAAAGUUGAAGUUCUCAAAUGCCUAUGUAUCAAAAGGUUCAGUUUGUUUUCUAAUAGCAAAUUCCUAAAACUUUCACUAGGCCUAAAAUGGAACAGAUUUCUUCUGCUUCUGUCAUCCUGACCUAAAACAAAUCUAGCCUUUUGUUUGCCAUUCUUGGUUUAGCUGGGUGAGGUGGAAAAAGAAGCUUCUUCAUAUGGCUAUAUAGUGGUAUAUUUGUUUUGAAGAUCCCGCUACCCAGUCAAAUUAAUAAUGUUUGUAUUUUUAUUUUUUGAUGACUGAUCCAGUUUUUACCAUACUCCAGUGCUGUUUAAUCUGAGCAUGUUUAUUGCUCUGAACACCCUGUAACUCCAGCUUUCUCACCACUACUGCUAUCCCUGCUUUCCUCUCUCUUACAGGGCUAGAAUGACUUUCCCUCUAGCACUUACUAUAUUGAACUGCCUCAAAUCUGCACUUAGACCACAGGAGUGGAUCACCCCUUUGGGUUACUUCACUCCAUACAGUUGCUGAAUUGAAGGCUGACCUCCAGCUCCUCCAACAUGUUUUAAGAACAUCUAUCUUGUAGUGAGAUCUGUUAUCUGACUUUUGUAGUGUCUGCAGUACAACUACACAAAUCACAUGGUUUGCUUCUGGUUGGCCACAGCCUGUCUGUAGGCUUGAGCACAUACUUUCCACACUGUGCUUAAGGAAAUCCAAGCUCAGAUACAAGGAACAACUCAUUUGCUCUGGUCUCUUGCUCCAGUGAAGGACUAAAGCAUCCUUCUGCCAUACCUGCUGCUAAAUGGGGCCAGACCAAGAUAAAGCUUGGCUGUGCUCAGUUCAUUCAUACACCACAAACAAAUGAACUUGGGCCUGCCUCUCUACACCUGCAGACAUCAGGACUCAGGGUAGGAGCUGCUCUGCCCAGCUGGCUUGUUAACACUUGUGUGUCCUGAGUGCCAGCAGGAUCAGAUCUGUUCACAGCCAACUGCACAGACUAGCUCUGUAGACUGCUACCAAGAUUACCAUUGGUCAUUUCACUCAGCUAUCUGAAAGCCUUGCCAUAAGAAUGGAGAACACUGCAUGAUUAUUUGCCCUCAGGUAGGUAUUGCAAAAUUCAUUUUUUAACAUCUAUACUGGUUUCAAUGGAAUUAUAGUCUUUGAGGAACUAUAAUUAAAGUGAAUAGACAACUGUCAUAUCUUUUAUAAUGUGAGCUAGUAGUAUCCAAAAAACCAUAAUGGUCUAGCCCUUCAAACUGCUAGCUCCUAGAGCUGGAAACUGAAUGAUUGCAAAUGCCAUGCACAUGCUCUAAUUCAAACUCAGUUUGAUUCCUUAUUUCUGCUUAUAAACAAAAGCUGCCUCAGUGAGCAGAAACAAGUACCUAGAUUCACCAAUUCCAUGAGAUGGUCUUAAAGAAAAUAAUUAAUCCAUCACUGUUAAUGCCAUAAAAAAUAUCUACAAUAUUGCAUUAUAGAUCAAUUUAGCUGCUGGUUCUGGGGAGGAGCAUACUUCCAUUUUUUUGUUCAUUUUCAGCAAACUUUGAAAUCAAUAAUGAUUUAUGACCUCCCUUUCUGUAAUCUGGACUCACCCAGUAUUGAAACAGAAACAUAGCUACUUAAGUGUGAAGAUCAGCAAAGUUCCCUAUUUUUGAAACAGCUGCAUCUGUGAUGCUCUGGCUGCGCUGGAGAGUCCCACAGCAGUACUAUGUUGAAGUGCAACCCCACCCCCAGGUUCUGCCACCCUCCGAUACUGGAAUAACCAUUAAAGGGAGAAAAAGUUUCCUGAGCACCUUUAGUAUCUCAGCAGCAGCUAAGACAAUCAAGUUCUAAUGGAUGUUCAUGCUACAGACUUCACAGAUACCAGUGUACCAGCAGAAAAGAACAUCCAAGCUUGAAUCAUAUUCUUUUUCAGAGAGAGAGGAAAGACUAAAUCAACAUUUACAUUAAAAAUGCUUUUAAAAGUAACAAGAAUCAUUUAUUUCAAACCUCUUUUUACAUUAAACCAGAAUAUUUGUUCCAUGGACUGA